CUUGGAAAUUCCCAGACUGAUUGCAAAGAAAAUUACAUGAAAAUAUAUGAUGGAGAAGCCGCUGAUGCAAACCUACUAGGGACCUAUUGUGGGGAAAUGACGAUUGUUCCUAUUGUUUCAUCAGGACCACAACUGUUCAUUCACUUGCAUCGGGCGGAUCCCAUUAGCACUGACCAACUGAAAGCUCGCUACACAUCAACAAACUGCAUUGAAGUUAUUAAAACACCGUCUGGUCUGAUAAAAUUCAGCAAGCAAGGAACACCGGAAUUCGACUGUAUAUGGAAACUGGAUAUGCCGAACAUUGCGUCAAUUGACUUACGGUUGCAACAUAUGAUGUUGGGCGGCCGAGCUACACAAUGCACGAAGAACACGUUGAAAGUAUUCAAUGGAUUUCGCAAGACUUGCUGUUUUGUGGGCGAUUAUUGUGGGCACCACGAUGAGUUGGUGUUUCUCUCUUCCCGACCACGGAUGGAUUUGGAGUUGAUAAGCGAGGAGCUUCGUUCUGGCGAUGAGUUCAGGGCAACGUACGAGGCGCUUGGCAAAAUAUUCGAGAUAUCACCGUAUAUUUUCAUGAGGGAAACUACUCACAAGAUUUCUGAAAACUCUUCGACAGCCCACGAUCCGUUUCGCCCUUCUUGGGGCUCAUCAGGUGGGCGCAGUCCCCGAGUUUCCGUAAACCUUAUGUUCUACUUGAACCCAAAUUGUACUAUUUUUGAGAACCACACUCAUUUGCAAAUCAAUUUGGUUUUUACGAGAGACUCAACUGAAUCUCUCGUUUAUGAUAUUCUGCAACUGAAUGUGCUGCAUGAGCCCCAAGAGGGGCGAAACCGGUCUUCGAAAAGAUAG